AUGGAGCCAAAUAUCAGAAUGUGUGCACAUGAAGGGAAAAGUUUAGAAGAUGCAACUUUGCAUCAACAAUUGAUAGGCAGUCUCAUCUACUUAACCUUAACUCGACCUGAUAUUUCUUAUGCAGUCAGUGUGAUAAGUCGGUAUAUACAAAAUCCAAAGAAGCCUCAUUUGGAAGCAGCUCGACGAAUAUUAAGAUAUGUAAAGAGCACAACUGAUUAUGGCCUUUUGUACAAAAGAAAUGAAGACUGCAAGUUAGUUGGCUACUGCGAUGCUGACUAUGCAGGAGAUUGUGACACAAGAAGAUCAACAACUGGUUAUGUAUUCAAGCUUGGUUCUGGAACAAUCUCGUGGUGCAGCAAGAGACAACCAACUGUAUCAUUGUCAACUACUGAAGCUGAGUAUUGA